AUGCUAUUCUUGGAUUUGCGGAUAAUUACGGACUCGCAACAGUUACAAAGGUAACAGCCGGCCUCAAUGGGGGUAUUCCAAUACUUACAACGUCUGGAAUGCCUUCACUUCUGAACUCCAAGAAAGAAUAUCCCUUUCUUACAAGAAUGCAAGGGAGCUACCGACUUCUCGCAGAUUCAAUGUAUCAAUUAAUUGCUUAUCACGAUGAGGAUUCCGUCUCGAAGUCCAAUUCAUCUCUGAACUAUCUGAAUCUUCUGUUUUUUUACCACGACAAACGGAGAGCCGUUAAUCGGCAAGUUGCCCAAGAUGAGAGUCAGGAAACAGGAGCAACCUCAUCUCACUGUUACUUCUCACUUUACGCAAUAAAACGAUACUUCACUGAGAAAAGCAAAACGUUCAAAAGGGAAUGGGCAUUGAAUACACCCCAAUUUCCGUUUGAUGAAGAUUUGUCGAUUGGAAGAGAAACAUUCAAGCAAUGGUUGCGCGACAUUUCACUGCAAUCAAACGGUGAGUUUUUUUUCAACGUCGAUUUUUCUCUUUGGUGUUUUUGUACCGGGCUUGUAUUAUGGCGAUAUUUCACUGAUCAUGGCCCGGCUUUUCAUACAUAAGACUUUCGGUUUUUUCACUACAUCUCCAGAAAUCGAACAUAGGGACCUCUGAUUUUUUAUAAGAGUUCAAUUUUACUGAGUUCUUCAAAAUGAGCCAGGUCAGGUUUUCUGAGAGAAGUUACAGCUUCACAAUUUCCGCUCCUCCGUGUGCUUUGCCGGCCCGUGCUGAUUUGAACAAUGCAGAAAUGUACCUUGACGUUGUUCCGUAUCGUUCCGUAUCAACCCCAAAAGCACCGAUUUUUGCAAUUGCUUCCCGAUUUUUCUCGAUUUUUUCAGCAGCAAAUUGGUGUUUAUUUACUUUUUCAAUUUUCCGAAACAUUUUGACUCCAGAUUCAGACGGUCAAAAAGGUUUUCCCUCCGGGCACAUUACUUAUUCGUUAUUAUUCAGCUUCUUUCCACUGGUCACUGGAAAUGACCCAACUCGACAAAAACAUUCUGUUUUCUACAGUAAUCUACCGUAAUCUGUUUUUUUGGCGGUUCAACAUAAUAGAACUGGGCAGAAUAUAUUCUGCCCCUAUAGGACUGCGACAGAACAGAACUGCGACGUAAUAGAACUGCGACACAAUAGAACUGUUUUUCGGGGGUGUUCGUUUUCAUUUUGUUUUUAAUGGGGCUAUUCAGCGUAUGUUUGUUUUCCGUUUUUUUUUCGAUUUUUGGCACCGCUGAAUGGAUUUUUUGACGUAAAAAAACGAAAAAAAAAACAUUUUUUCACAGCCUGAAUAACCCCAUAACAGUGAGACAUUGCCUAUAUUUCUAUUCAAUAAUUCGAUAGCAAGCUUCAAAAAUAAUCUUAUUUAGAAAACGGUUAUUCUACAGAAAGACGCUCCACUCAGGCAAAUCGUUUCUAAUCUAACGAUAGCUAAUUCUCGUUUCUAACCGGACCUAGUUAGAUUACUACAGAUUUCUGAAUCUAGCUAGCUGAUUUUGCAAUCUAAACAUAAUCUAGCUAGGUUUGCCCGAAAUUUGAAUCUAAUUAGAUAAAUUUUAAAUGUAAUAUCAGUGUUUUUGCAAUCUAAUUAGCUUCGCCAAUCUAAUUAGAAAAUUUAUCAGUCCCGUUAGAAGAAUUUGCAAUCUAAUCGCAGUAAAUUAGCAAUCUAAUUAUUAUAAGGGCACCGCACAGAAAUGGCUCUCUGUUGAGAAACUCUUUUUACAGUGUAAAUUGAGCGACCUCGGGGCCGAGUUUAAAAAGUUAGGCCACAUUUUCAGUGGAAAUUUACUUCGCGGCCUAGAAAUUCGGCCAGAUUGCGAACAGCGCGCCCUUUCUGUUCGGUGCCCCUAUAAUAGGUCUGGUUAGAAACGCGAAUUAGCUAGCUAGAUUACGAACGAUUUACCUGAGAAAUCAGUUCUGUUGUGUCGCAGUUCGGACCCAUGUUCUGAAAGUCUUGUUUCGUAAAAAAUGUACAAAAAAAAACUCGAAAAUAUUAUAGGGGCACCGAACAGAAAGGGCACUCUAUUGAGAAACUUUUUUGCACUGCAAAUUGAGUGAGCUCGGGGCCGAGUUUGAAAAGUUAGGCCACGUUUUCAGUGGAAAAUUACUUCGCGGACUAGAAAUUCGGCCAGAUUGCGAACAGAGCGCCCUUUCUAUUCUGUGCCCCUAUAAUACUAUCCACUCUCGACAACAAGAGCCAAUUAAGUAGAACUAGUUUUUUAAAGUCCAGAAGUGAAUAGACGCGCAACGUGACGGAAAACCAGAACUGCAAGAUUGAGUAGUAGCAAUUGAUUUCAUAGUUUAAACGUACGUUUAGAUGAUUUCGUUGAAAUAAUGUAGCAAAAUGAAGUGUAGAAAAUUUUUUCUUUUGUUUAUAGAAGAUGAAGUUGGAAUGCUUCUAGUCUCAGGGGAGACUUUUGAAUAGUCGUCGAAUGUUGUAGUCACAAAAAUACAUGGGUUGCCGCUAAAGUAUCCAACCACAAACAUGAUUCAAAUCUAUGUGCUCCAUCUCUUUUUUUUGUGGUCCUUUCCAGCAAGGCAAAUAGUGCGAGAAAGAGGGUCUCUUUCGCGUCUGUGAGUGAAGUGGGCGGAGUCUAGUUGUUCGUUUUUUUUCCCGCAAUGUCUUGCGCCGUCGCAGCCCGUUGCCUCCGCAUUUUUUUGCUUUCUCGUCACUCGUCUUUCCGACUUUGUCUGUCUCGUGAGCCCUUGUGGUACCAACACGAAACUUGUAUCAGCAAGUGACGCCCAAAUUGAAGACAGACCAGGCAAUGGUAUCCUGAUGAUUGUAAGCAACAUUCUACUAUUAUCGUUGGUUAUAAGCAAUUCGGCUUUUCGUUCAUCAUUGCCUGUUGAUAUCGUAGUAGGGCUACCGGAAGAAGAAGGAGAUCGAGGCAAAAAUCCAUUUCUUCUGACACUUGAAAAAUCAAAGCCUGUGUUUGAUGUGGCCCUGGAAGACGUCUACGAAUACAAACUAUUACCCCUUGGAGCAAUAAAAAUAGUCUUCGAAAAUUCUGGUCUGUCAGACGCCAUUGGUCCGCAGAAGAUGAUCGAGCACUACUGCAACAAAACCGUUGAUGCAAUAAUGGGACUUCCGUAUGUAUAUGCUCUAGCCCCAGUUGCGAGAAUUACUCGCUUUUGGGGUCUAGGUGUCCCAGUUUUCACAACAACGGCACUUGUUGACGAGCUGGGAGAUCGGAACGAGUUCCCAUUAUUAACGCGAAUGAUGGGGAGUUACAAAUCACUCGGAAAGCUUGUGACACGGAUUGCCGAGCUGUUUGAAUGGCAGCACUACUUCUUCAUGUUCAAUGAUGAGGUGGCAAGAGGGAGUAACAAAGGUAGAUCGGAGUGCUACUUUUCGCUUUCUGCCAUCAAAAAUCUUAUUAUGAAUAACAAAACUUCCACAUGGAAUGUGAAAAUGUUCAGUGAGUUCGAGGCUGGCCGGCAACAGUACCGAACCCUUCUGAGUGAGGCGUCCGUGAUGAGCAACCGUGAGUAUUUUUAAGAGCCAUUAUUGUAAUAAGGGGAAGCUUUGUACCGACCAGAUAUCAGUACAAACUUAAACCUCUUUAUUUCAAAGCAACGAAAAGCAUUCACUGAAAUCACUAAACUGUCCUUUUCGAUUGUUUGUGAGCAUUUUAGUGUGCAACGUAAUUAUUUUCUUUUCAAAGGUCUCAUUAGCCAUCGCGAGAGAUUCACGCAUUUUGUAAAUUACGGAUUUCCUGCCUGCGUUUCGUAAGCAACUAUCUCACUUUAUUGUCUUGACAGUAUUUAAUAUCUUGGUUUCGAAAGACUUAGAUCUUGCAUGUUUCCUGAGAUAUGAGAAAUUAUACUGUUUUUUUUUUUACAAAACCGUUGUGCCAUAAAAAAAAGAUGUUGAAUAGACUCAAUGCUAUUCCGCAAUUAUUCUAUCUUCUCGGCUAGGACGUUUAUUUUUCGCCCCGGGCAAAGCGAAGACGCUGCUAAUGCCGAAAUUUUAUUUCCGAAAAAGGAUUGAAAAAAUAUAUUAAAAUAGAAGAAAUUGUUGUCACUAUUUCCGCCAAAUACUUCUACAUGUCACUCUUAAGGUUAGACUGUUACCGUACACUAUUGAACUACGGAAAUGUUUCCAAAAAAUUUAAAUAAUUAAGAAAUACCACUGUUUAAUGGUGUACGGUAAAACUCGCUCAGCUGUGCGCACUACUGUUAUCUGUAAAAUUGCUGCGUACUCUGGACUGGAACAGAUAUCACAGAUUUUUUUAAAGAUCUCGGAGUCCAUGUUUGAACACGGCUAAUCUGGGCGAACAGGCGAUUUUAGGCGCCUGAAAAGCACCCAAAGAGUCGAAUAGUAUACUGUUUGACAAACCAUGUAAGGCCGAAAACCAACGAAUAGACAUGCGAGCGAAGCAAGGCUUUUUUUGCAAAUGAGCUCCAUUGAACAUUUUUCUGCGUCCCUCAUCUUAAAAAUAGCGUAAAGAGUGAAAGAAAAUCCUCUGCGUUUUACCAUUAUAUGCAUUAGAAUAAAAUUUACAACAGUUUUGUUUUUCAGUUAUAAUACUAUGUGCAUCCCCGGAUACAGUUCGAGAGAUAAUGCUAGCUGCACAUGAUCUUGGAAUGGCAACCAGUGGCGAGUAUGUUUUUAUCAACAUCGACGUAUCAACAGGGUAAUUUUCUGAAAGGAAAAAUUUUAUUACCAUAAUGUACACCCAGCCGGGGUAUUUUUUUAAUGUUUGCAGACUCCUGUUGUAUCCGCCAAGCUCCUUCUCUUGGCUUCUCGAAAUUGAUGAUUCGGUAGAAAACAAGAUUUUGUCCUAAUUUCGCUGUUUUUUUCGCUCGUUUUUGACGAAAAUGAACUGGCGCUUGAAUUCACUAAAUUUUGUUGGAAUCUGGUAGAAAAUCAGAGAAAUUAGUUCAAAAAUAGUUUUCUCAGUCAAAUCGGUAAUUUCGAAAAUUGAGGGAAUCGGAUCUUGGCAGAUACGGCUGACAACAGGAGUCUGCAAAUACCGCAAUAAUCAUCAUUAAUUUUAUUUAAUAAAAACCUAACGGCGUCUGCCCAUUUCAUUUUUGCCAGGCCGCUUUUUUAAGUCUUGUAAAUAAAGAAAGGGUCAGACCCCGUACGACUUAUUAAUAAGACUGAUUUUCUAUUAGGGGUACAUUUGACUGAAAUUGCGCUCUACCGCAAACCACGUGAAUUAAGUGCCAAAUUGGAAAAGGUUGCGGUCGCGGCCGGGUGUUCACAUGGGAUUGCGGCAGAGCGUAAUUGCAGGCAUAUGGCGCCAUAAUAGCUAGUAAUUAAAAAUUCGAUUUAAAAAAGUGGGAAAUUAUGAAAUCUAAACAAAAAUUCCCAAAUAUUUGUUCGGGAUUUGUCUAGAAUUGGCGCAAUUAUAUAAUUGCUAAACCGCAUUUCACCUGUGCUCUGCCACUGCGCCAACCGGGCGGAGGCGCGCCCACCGAUAAUGGCAAUGAGAAGCUCGGUGUCUGUCGUUCAUUUUGGAUGCGACUUUUGUGGAGUUUCAGCACAAACAUCUUAAAAUUUAAAGUCAUUGGCCCCGUAGAAAUUUUGAAUUGUAAAAAAGUAGGGUCAUCGCUGAACAUUUUUUGCUAACUUUUGUGGCACUUUGACGGCCUGAAAAACAUGAUUGGCCCCGUAAAAGUUCAAAUUUUAUUUCAAAAACGGAUUCCCCAUCCCUUAGACUGUAAGAAUCACCUCAGAAGCCGCGUGUUGCACAGACUCCGGCCACAGUGGCUCUCAGACUAACUUCCAUUUUCGUUUUCGCCCUUUUUUGAGAAAACGGAGUUGUUCAUUCGAUUCAGCAUGGCCGAUUACAUAAAGUAAAACUUUUUGAGUAUGGUAUUUGGUUUGGGGACCUCGGUACAGGCCCUCAAACAUGCGCGGGCGCGAUUGAGGAGAAAAUUCGGCAUGCCACGCCCCCUUUGUUGCGCCCCCUAACCAUAUUAUAGGGGCACCGGACAGAAAGGGCGCGCUGUUCGCAAUCUGGCAGAAUUUCUAGGCCGCGAAGUAAUUUUCCACUGAAAACGUGGUAUAACUUUUCAAACUCGGCCCUGAGCUAACGCUCGGAAGUGGCUGCGCCGCUAGUUUCUUUCUCAGAGCCGUUCGAAAGUUCACGUGUUCAUUUCUUAAUUUUUUCGUCACUACUUUCAGAAAUGAAAUGAUUUUAGAAAUGAACGUGUAGACGGACAAACGGAGAAAUAAAUAAACAAACAGACAAACCCACCAAUGGGGUUAUUCGGGGUGUGAAAAAAAAUAUUUUUUCCUUUUUUUUGUUUUUUUUUAAACUCAAUUUACCGCUAUUGCCAAAAUUUUCUGAAAUUAGGCUUGAGUCUGCAAACACCGAAGGGCAAGAGCGGUAAAUUGAGUAUACGUCAAAAAACCAAUUCGACGAAUUCGAGAAACGAAAGAAAAAAAACGGAAAAAACAUACGCUGAAUAGCCCCACAGGCGUUAUAUUAAUAAGAAUGAUGUUUGCACUUAGAUCGCAUGCCGAGCAGCCAUGGAUAAGAGCAAAUGAUACCAACAACGAAGAAAAUGAUAAAGCAAAAGAAGCGUAUCGAGCUUUGAAGACAAUUUCUCUUCGGAGAUCAGAUUUGGAGGAAUACAAAAAUUUUGAACUUCGAGUUAAAGAACGUGCUGAGCUCAAGUAUAACUACACUAACAUUACCGGAAAAGAUUAUGAGGUGAUUGACUGGUCGGAAAGAAUCCAAUUAUUUAUAGGCUUGUUACGACCCGGGCCGACGGGCACAUUUUCCUAGGUCAAAACCAAUUUUCGAAACGUUUCAAUAUUUUGUCAUGACCCGGGCCGGCAACUCUCACCUGAAUUUGACAAGUCUAUUAGUUUCAAUGCUAUUUGAUCCUCAAUUAACAUCUUUCAUUAGAUGAACAACUUCAUAAGUGCUUUCUAUGACGCAGUUCUUCUAUACGCUAUCGCACUCAACGAGACUAUACAAGCUGGUCUUGAUCCUAGAAAUGGGCAUAAUAUUACGUCCAGAAUGUGGGGAAGAACAUUCGUCGGCAUCACUGGAAAUGUGUCCAUCGACCUCAACGGUGACCGUUAUUCGGAUUAUUCAUUACUUGACCUCGACCCAGCGCAGAACAAGUUUGUGGUGAGUUUUGUCAACAACCAUUUCACCAGAUAUCCUUCAUCUUUGCGUGAUGUCCUGCGGUGUUCACAGACUGCUUUUGCUGUGGCAAUUUUGAAAGGCGGAGCAGAGGGCUGAGUUUGGCGGUUACUGUUGGCAAAAGCGGUCUGCGUACAUCACGCAGAAACAGGCAUCCAAAUCGCUUGAGACGGAAUGGUCCUGUCUCGCGGUACCAAAGAAGCAUGUUGCAUGUUCCGGGGAGCAUUUAUUCUUCCUGUCUCAUGGUACCCAGUGCAGGCAUUCCCGCAGUCUCGUGGCUCCCUUCGCCCGCAUCCCAACUCUUUGGUUACUUGACGUAAACAGUAACAAUAUUUAUUAGCUUACGUCUUUCAGAUUAGCAAGAAACCAAAAAAGUGAAUGCCGUAGGUGCAGCUGCUUCCGACAGGUAUCCAAACGGCUUGGGACGGGGUGCUCCUCCAGUUUCGUGGUACCAAAAGAAGUGUUACAUGAAACGGGGACGAUUUAUUUUUCCUGACUCAUGGUACCCAUUGCAGUAUUUUCCCCGUCUCGUGGUUUCCUUCGCCCGCGUCCCAACUUUUUGGAUACCUGUGCUCAGGUCUGGGCGAGCGAUCUGCUUCCCGUUGCCUGAAAAAAUUAUGACAAAAAAUCUGCUGGCGAGGGAAAUACCACUUGCGCCAUGGAAGAGAAAGGCGCAAACGGUAGACAGUUGAAGGCGCAUAGCUAGGUACCGCAACGGGUUUCGCAAAACUCCGAAUUUCCAUAAAUUUUUUGUUGGAAUGUGUUCCCCUACUCUAUAUGAGUAUACUCCCAAUUUUUUUUUCAAAAAUUUUCUGUAAAUCCCGAGUUAUACCCCUUCAAAGUUGCCCUGUUUUCUCCCCGGUCGGCGGCCGAGAAGACGGCGGAGUCUCGCUGGCAGGCGAUUCGUGUCGCUGUUUGGUGGAAGACACCAAAGAGGCAACAUAUUAAGUGAACAGAAUUGAUGUUUUAAGAAAGCAAAACAACUUUCGAGAUCAAAAGUUUCGAACCCGACACCUCCAGACUGCCGAGUGAGCACUCUGCCACUGCGCCAACCGGGCGGAGGCGCGGCGAACGCCAAUGGCAAUGAGAAGCUCGGUGUUCGCCAUUCAUUUUUGAUGCGACUUUUGCGGAAUUUCAGCGCAAAAAUGUGAAAAUUUGAAGAUGUUUGCCGGGCUGAAAUUUUGAAUAAAUAGAUGGAUUUUGUAGAGAAUUUCACGCUGAAUCCGAUUCCGUGGAGAAAAGCCGCGUGUUGGCUGUUUCUCACCUUCAAAUUAUCGAAAAACAAGAAAUUCGGCCGAAUGGGGCCUACUCAAUCGAACACAAAAAUGCUCCUAGGGGGUCUAGAGCUCUGAAAUUUUAUAUUUGGCUUCUGAGAGAGUUUAUCUAUGCAUUCCAAACAUAAAAAAGUGGGGUCAUCGCUGAAAAUUUUUCGCUAACUUUUUUGGCACUUUGACGGUCUGAAAAACAAUGUUUGCCGGAACGAAAUUUGAAUUUUAUUUCAAAAACGGAUUCCCCAUCCCUUAAACUGUCAGAAUCACUUCUCAGAAGCCGCGUGUUGCACAAACUCCGGCCACAGUGGCUCUCAGACUAACUUCCAUUUUCGUUUUCUCCUUUUUUUGAGAAAACUGUGCGUUUUCACGGAAAACGGAGCUGUUCAUUUGAUUCAGCAUGGCCGAUUACAUGAAGUAAAACAUUUUGAAUAUAGUACUUGGUUUGGGGACCUCGGUACAGGCCCUCAAACAUGCGCGGCGCGACCGGGGAGAAAAUUCGGCAGGCCACGCCCCCUUUGUUGCGCCCCCUACGCAUAGCAUGAAAUUUAUUUGUAUGCGCCUUUAACUUUCUCGUCUGCGCCUCUCUCUCUCUCUCUCUCUUCUACCGCGCAAAUGGUAUUUCCCUCGCCCACAGUUUUUUUUUGCGUUGGCCAGAUUUUUUCUCAGCUUGAAGCGCUAAUCCGCCCCCUUGCCUGUGCUUCCGAGCCUAAGCUAAUACUUAUGCUACUCGGUAAACCUCUGCAACUUCUCAGCAGAACAUAAGCAACUUUUACCUAACUUCUGUUCAAGCGCGUCUAAUGUUAUACGCAAAAAGUUGCUGAAGUUCUGCGCAGAAGUUGCUAUCGCCAAAACGUUUGCUCAAAACUUUUUGAGUCAAAAGUUGCUGAAGUGUUGUUCAAAAGCUGCUGAAGUGUAGUUGAAAAGUUGAUGGCGCUGAACGUUUGCUCAGAAGCUGCUGAAGUGUUGCUAAAAAUGCUAAUCCCAGACGUCAGCUCGAAAAUUGGCGAACUUUUGUUCAAAAGCUGCUAUAUAUCACCCCAACGUUUUCUGAGAAGUUGCAGAGGUUUACCGAGUACAAGGCACGGCGUGGCUUUUGCGACGUUCACCAAACGUUUGAUCCUCAGUCUGUGCAUUUUUGCAUGCCGGUGUUUCUCUGCGUACAGUGCAUUUUAUGUUACGCACAAAGUUCUUUUUUUUUUUUAGUUGUUGAUGAAUUUUCUCCAAAUAUUCAUCUCUUUAAAGCGUUUUUCUCUACUUUCUACCUCAAUUAGACCUUUUUACAGAUUCCAGGUGAAGUAAUACGCGAAGAGAAGUCGAUGCGAUGAAAAGAAACGCGUAAGUCAGUGAAAGUAAGGUUUUAUUCAGAAAAUGCACGAUUUCUCGAAAAACGUGACUAGAUUUUUUAAACAUUGGGUAAAAAACUUUACUUACAUUUCUGAGAAUGUUUUCGAACCAAAAAGAAGUAGAGUGACAGCUCGCUUUCGCGGGUAAACCGAUAGUUUGCCUUUCGUUAAAAAAAAUUUUUUUUUUGCUUUUACGAACUGUCACUCUACUUUUUUUUUGGUUCGAAAACAUUCACAGUCAUGUAAGUGAACAUUUCAAACCAAACGAUUAGAAAAUCUAGAGACGGUUUUUGAGAAAGAUUUUUUUUUCAACGAAAUGUCACUGUUUUCCGGCAAAAGACCAAUUUUUACGCGAAAGCGAGCUGUCACUCUAUUUUUUUUUGAUUGGAAGACAUUCACAGUCAUGUUAGUGAACUUUUUAAAUCAAAAGAUUAGAAGAUCUAGAGACGUUUUUCGAGAAAUCGUAUAUUUUCUGAAUAAAACAUUACUUCCAUUUACUUACGCGUUUCUUUUCAUCGCAUCGGCUUCUCUUCGCGUAUUACUUCAUCUGGAAUCUGUGAAAAGGUCUAAUUGAGGUAGAAAGCAGAGAAAAACGCUUUAAAGAGAUGAAUAUUUGGAGAAAAUUCAUCAACAACUAAAAAAUGAACUUUGCGCGUAUUAUAAAAUGCACUGGACGCAGAGCCACACCGACGCGCAAAAAUGCAUACCAUUUGGCUGCGUGUGUUGCGAAAGCCGCGCCUUGCAAGGGUUUUGGAACCUAGGCCCGCUGCGCGGGUCGAGCUAACGCUCGGAAGCGGCUUUCAGAUUAUCAGAAAUGUAAGAAAGUUCACGUGUUCAUUUCUCUAAUUUCUCCAUCAUAACUAUUUUUGUACAAUUUUGUUUUAGUAAUGAAAAAACUGAACCCCCUUUGUUUAUUUCUCUGUUUUUUAAAACAUGCAUCGAGAAUUUCAAAAGAUAAAAAAAUUUCAAAUGGUUGGAAAAACAGGCAGUGACAGUCAUUCGCAAAUGCGUCUUUAUUAUGGGGGCAUCUCACAGAAAUGGCGCUCUGUUCGCAAUCUGGCCGAAUUUCUAGGCCGCGAAGUAAUUUUCCACUGAAAAAGUGGCGUAACUUUUCAAACUCGGCCCCGAGGUCGCUCGAUUUGCACUGCAAAAAGAGUUUCUCAACAGAGCGCCAUUUCUGUGCGGUGCCCCUAUAAUAGAUUUGAACAUCUCUUCAGAUGGUCCCGCAAAGUAGUGCGCAUGAACUCAAAGACACGCCUCUGGUAUUAAUUUUGAGAGAUAAUGUAGAAGCCCCUAAUAUAUCAUCGACCGACUCAAAGCCUUUGAAGAGGGAAAGAGAAUUAGGUCUUUUGUCUUGAAGGCAAAAAUUUAAUUAAAAGUAUUGCAGGAAGUGGCGUACUACAGUGGAGCAUCCAAUCAGCUGAAAACUGUCGGAAAACUACACUGGGUCGGUGGAAAGCCGCCUAGUGAUCUUCCCAUUUGCGGAUUCGAUAAAAGUAAAUGCCCAGUAAGUCGUUCCCAUAUGAGCGCAACUAGAAUUUUUAAACAAUGUAAAGCAGGGUUAUCCUCUACAUGUAUACUUGCUCAUGGGAUCGUUCCUUCUAAUUCUUGUGCUAGUAUGCUUGUUUGUAUUUUUCUGGCGCCGAUACAAACUGGAACAAGAACUGGCUGCUAUGAGCUGGAAAAUUCGCUGGGAAGAGCUGGAUGGGGAUGAUACCCAGAAAAAAGAAAGAAAGAAAACGAAAAAGAGAAAAACGCACGAAGGAUAUUUACCAGAAUCGGAUCCAUUGCUGAGAUCAACUUCGCGCUCAUCUGUCAAUUCAGAUAAGGUAAGUAAUUUGUCAUAGUAGCUUUUAACGGGAAUUUAUUUAAUGAAUUCUCUGUAAAAUUAGAGGAUUUCAUAGUGUGAAAAAACUAUAUUGGUGGUAGUGCAAGGGGACAGUGUUGAGCGGAAUUCCGUCUGCCGUCUUUCGUCUUCCGUCUUCCGUCGAUUUUUUUGUUCCGUCUGCCGUCUUCCGUCUUCCGGGAAAAAAGUUUUCUUCCGUCUUCCGUAAAAAAAUCUGCCGUCUUCCGGGAUUUUUUCUUCUUACCGUAAAAGAGCAAUAGCUUUUAAGAAGCCAUUUACUAGUCCCGAAGAACGCGAAUUUCCACGGGCAGUGACCCAGAUCCAAAAUUUUUGUUGCUUUAGUUAUUUAAAAAAACCGGAGAAAAAAAGGCUCUGCAUUGACGAUUUUUUGUUCCGUCUUCCGUCUGCCGUCUUCCGGGAAAAAAGUUUUCUUCCGUCUGCCGUCUUCCGCGAGAGAAAUUUUCUUCCGCCUUCCGUUUUCCGUGUUCCGUAAGAAAAAUUUUCUUCCGUCUGCUGUCUGCCGUCUUCCUGAUUUCAAAAUUCUAUUUCCGCUCAACUCUGCAAGGGGAUAGUCGCGGAAUGGUGCUAAAAUACCUCAAACAAGCCUGAUCACCGCGGCUACUCGGCACUCAGGCAAAUCGUUUCUAAUCUAACUAGCUAAUUCUCGUUUCUAACCGGACCUAGUUAGAUUGCUACCGAUUUCUAAAUCUAGCUAGCUGAUUUUGCAAUCUAAACAUAAUCUAGCUAGGUUUGCCCGAAAUUUUAAUCUAAUUAGAUAUAUUUUGAAUCUAAUAUCAGUGUUUUUGCAAUCUAAUUAGCUUCACCAAUCUAAUUAGAAAAUUUAUCAGUUCAGUUAGAAGAAUUUGCAAUCUGCUCGCAGUAAAUUGGCAGUCUAAUUAGGUCCGGUUAGAAACGCGAAUUAGCUAGCCAGAUUACAAACGAUUUACCCUUGUGGGAAGUAUGACUGGCUACGGGCUUGCUAGGGUCCUCCUUGUGCAAAUGGAGCACAUGGAGCACUCGGUAGAUAGCUAUCCGCAAGUUGCCGCCUUGGUGUAGUGGCUGGCGCUACCUGCUCAGCAAUUUCAAAUUAUAAUUUACAGGCCCCAACUAACUGGAGGCCGACACUCCCAGGGGGCAACAAAGUAGAUGGCAACUCGGAAAAUUUGUCUCAGAUGGGGCAUUUACUCAGACGGGGCAAAGAUUUUAUGGGGAAAAAAAGGCUGAUUCAGAGGGGGCAACCUUCAUUGCUCACAGAGCUCAGGGCAACUUUUGUUGCUCACAGGGGGCAAAAACGGCAAAUUGCUCACAGGGGACACUUACCUUGUUUAUUGGAGCAAACGCAAAAACUUCAAAUUAUUUUGCUGACGUGAGUACAAACGCUAGAUUUAAUACACUGAAAAAAAAACAUACACUAAACAACCCAUCAGCCAACGGUUAGAAUAUUUUCCGAAAUAUAUUUUAUAUAUUUCAGAACCUUCUGAUGCGCAGUCAGAGUCAAAGCAAGAGUAAUAUAUAAAACUAGAGUCAAUGAAUGUGAGUCAAUGAUGAAUAAAUCGAAGAGUAUAUAAUUUUUGGGUUGUCAGUGAUCAAAAAGUAAAUGAGCAAUUUUCCGUUUUUGCCCCAAGGUUGCCCCCUCUAAAUCAGCCUUUUUUGCCCCCUAAAAUCUUGUGAGCAACAAAAGUUGCCCCUGUGAGCAACAAAAGUUGCCCCUGUGAGCAACAAAAGUUGCCCUCUAUGAGCAAGGAAGGUUGCCCUCUAUGAGCAAGGAAGGUUGUCCUCUUUAUGCCACGUCCAAAGUCUCGGAAAAACCGUAAAAACCGCAGGUUUUUCUGUCCAAAGUCGGCCGAAAUUUGCGUGAAAAACGGGGGUGCGCACAGCUCAAUGAAUGUAACCGUACCCCUAAAACUACGGUAUUUUUUAAAAAUUUGCGCAAGAAAUUUGAAUAUUUUCAAAUAUCCUCAAGAAAUUAACAAAUUUUCAAAAAAUACCGUCUCACAGAGAAGGCGUUAUGUAAAGUCCUGUUAAAUGUUACUUUUCAGAGAUCAUCGAGCUCAGGAACAACUCGUAAAAUAUCGGCAAUGAUUGAUCGCAAGUUGAGCAUAUUUACCAGGAAGAAAAGCUCUCCGCCUUCUGAUCCUUGUCAGAAAAAUGGCGGACUCACACCAUGCUCUCUGCAAAAAGCUGAAAAUGGGGACUGUUCUCCAUUAAAUGAAGUUCAAUUUCGGUUGCCACUGCAUGAUCGGAGAGUUUCCUCGCCAUCAUCAGACUCUCUGAUGAAAAAGAAAAACAGCAAUGAAGAAGAUUCAGAAAAUGGCGCGAAAAAAUCACUGAGCUUGAAGAAUCGUAAGCUUAGUUUUGGGAUGGUUUCAUUCAAGGUGAAGAAAUGAAAAUGUUUAUUCUUGACUUUUCAAUGUUCAGAGUGGAAGUGGUGGAUCGGUAGAAACGAUUGCACAGAACAACACCCAAAUAUACACAAAAACGGCGAUAUUCAAAGGUGUUCUUGUUGCAAUAAAAAAACUCAACAUCGAUCCGAAAAAGUACCCACGUUUGGAUUUAUCGAGGGCGCAGCUAAUGGAAUUGAAAAAAAUGAAAGAUCUACAACACGAUCAUAUUACAAGGUAUUUGAUAAAAGUCUUGGGGGUGAUAUGUCCCUCUGUUGUGUUGAUAAUGCCGCGUCCAAAGUUAAAAAUAAUCUGUGAAUUCUUAUGUAUUUUUUCCCGAAAUUUUAAAGAAAAUACUGAUGCGCAUAGCUGAACGAAUUUUACCGUACACCAUAAAACUAAGGCAUUUUUUUAAAUGUUCAACUUGAAAAAAAGGAUUUGGACACGGCAUAGAAAUCGAGAAUGAAUAAUGUCUAAGUAAUGACGCUCAGUUUUCUGAAAAUUUUCCCAGAGAGCAAACAUCUUUCAACACUGCUAAAUUUACAGAUUCACCGGUGCUUGUAUCGACUUUCCACAUUACUGUGUGGUUACGGAAUACUGUCCAAAGGGAUCACUCGAAGAUAUAUUGGAAAACGAAAAAAUAGAGCUGGAUAAAAUGAUGAAAUAUUCUCUUCUUCAUGAUUUAGUCAAGGUAAAUAUUUUUUAAUAGUUCUUAACAUUUUAUCAUUUAAGGGUCUAUUUUUUCUACACAACAGCGAAAUAAGGUCUCAUGGUCGUUUGAAAUCUUCAAAUUGUGUUGUCGACAGUCGGUUUGUUCUUAAAGUGACUGAUUUUGGCUUGCACAAACUUCACUGCUUGGAAGAAAUGAAUCCAGAAGAAAUCGGAGAACACGCGUUCUACAAAAGUUAGUUCAGAUUUUUUACCGAACGUUCCCAGAUCAGUACUGCCUCAAAUCAGAACCAAUUAGCGCAGAAAAUUGUUCUGAUCGGAGAACGUUCUAAAUGGGUGAUAGCGAUCCGAAUCGUUCCCUUAAAUAUAACUUGAUUCCACUUGAAACAUCGUGCAAACAGGGCUGGGAGAGACGACUUUUCGUAACAAAAACCACCUGCAGAUAGGUUCUGAUUUGGGACAGUUCUGGCUCAAGGUAGCCCCCUUUUUUCAAUUAAAAUUUGAAGCUAGGAAUAUCGCCAACCGCGUCGCAGCGCACGCGACGCCACGUUUUUUUCUAUUCUAUGUUUUUUUCUAUUUCUACUUUGUAGCUCAAUAUGACCUUUUUACAGAUCAAGUAAUAGUCGAAGAGAAGUCGAUGUGAUGUAAAGAAACGCGUAAAUACGGGAAAGUAAGAUUUUAUUCAGAACAUACACAAUUUCUCGAAAAACGUCACUAGAUUUUCUAAUCUUUUUCUUCUCACUUACUUUCUAAUUUUCUAAUCACUUACAUCACUGAGAAUUAGGCUGGUCGAACAGGCGAUUUCAGGCGCCUGGUCGACCAGCCUACUGAGAAUGUUUUCAAACCAAAAAGAAGGCGAGUGUAAGAUUUCGCGAAAAAACCGGUUGUUUGCCGGAAAAUUUCACUCUACUUCUUUUUGGUUCGAAAACAUUCUCAGUAAUGUAAGUGAACAUUUCAAACCAAACGAUUAGAAAAUCUAGUGCCGUUUCUCGAUAAAUUGUGUAUUUUCUGAAUAAAAUCUUACUUUACCUUAGUUACGCGUUUCUUUACAUCACAUCGACUUCUCUUCAACUAUUACUUGAUUUGGAAUCUAUAACUAUAGCCAAUAAGACUAUAAAAUGGUCAUUUGGAGCUAGAGAUUAACAUAGAAUUGAGAAACACACCUUAAAAGGUGAAUAUUUGGAACAAAUUGAGAGUGUGACAAUCCCAUAGAAAAUUCGAAGCCCGUAGAUAACAAAACCCGUAGAGUCAAAUCCCGUAGAGUCAAAUCCUGUUAAAAAAAAUGGCGGUCCAACAUAAUAGAACUGCGCAGAAUAGAACCGCAACAUAAUAGAACUGCGCAGAAUGCAGAAAACUCAUAAACUUCGGAAAAACAUGCCAAAAGGUCGGAAAAAAAUUGCCAAGAGGUCGGAAAGAAAUGCGAAAAGGCCUAAGCCUAUUUUCGGACCUUUUGGAAUUUUUUCGGACCUUUUGUCAUUUUUUUCCGACCUUUUGGCACUUUUUCCGGCGUUAUGGCUUCCGACCUUUUUGGUUUUCCGACCUUUUGUCACGGACUCCAAAAGCUACGUCGUGCGACGCGUGUGAUUUCUAUGGAGCCAGGUUUCAAAAGUCUUGCGCAUGAUAAUUUUUCAGAGAAACUGUGGACUGCUCCGGAGUUGCUCAGAGAUGCUAAUGCUCCUCCAAUGGGGUCUCAGAAAGGCGAUAUUUACUCAUUCGCAAUAAUUCUGCAUGAAAUGAUGUUUAGAAAAGGAGUGUUCGCUUUGGAGAAUGAAGACUUGUCCCCAAUAGGUAGGCUUUUCAACUUGGUGACCAAGUCAAGUCUUGGCCCGAAAAUUAAAAAAAAAUGACGGAAUAUUGUUUAAAAACGGAAAAUUUUAAAAAGGAUUUUUCAAAUGACACAUUAUUGGCUCCGUAGUUGUUAUAGGGGCAUCUCACAGAAAUGACGCUCCGUUCGCAAUCUGGCCGAAUUUCUAGGCCGCAAAGUAAUUUUCCACUGAAAAUGUGGCCUAACUUUUCAAACUCGAUCCCGAGGUCGCUCAAUUUUCACUACAAAAAGAGUUUCUCAACAAAGCGCCAUUUCUGUGCGGUGCCCCUAUAACACAUGCACGGGCCGGCAAAGCAUACGGAGGAGUGGAAAUUGUGAAGCUGUAACUUCUCUCAGAAACCUUACAUUUACCUCUGACCUGGCUCAUUUUGAAGAACCCAGUAAAAUUGAACUCUUAUCAAAAAAUCAGAGGUCCCUAUGUUCGAUUUCUGAAGAUAUAUUGAAAAAACCGAAAGUUGUAUGUAUGACAUGGCGUGCACGAAAAAGUGAUAUUUCUUACCUCAGAUCAUCGCUAUUGCCCCUCGGUGUGUGCAGACUCAAACCAAAAUUUCCUGAAAUUAGGCUUGAGUCUGCAUACACCGAGAGGGCAAGAACGUUAAAUUAAGUAUAAUUUGGGGCUAAAAAUGCGUUGUAUUAUAGGGGCACCGCACAGAAAUGGCGCUCUGUUGAGAAACUCUUUUUGCAGUGCAAAUUGAGCGACCUCGGGGCCGAGUUUGAAAAGUUAGGCCACAUUUUCAGUGGAAAAUUACUUCGCGGCCUAGAAAUUCGGUCAGAUUGCGAACAGCGCGCCCUUUCUGUCCGGUGCCCCUAUAAUAAGUCGCAUUUUUGGAAACUUGGCCUAGGAUCCGAUAAAGUUUCCUAGAGAAGUUUGCAAAAAUUCUAUGUUUUCUCGCCGAUCAGGAAAAAUGUAAUGUUUUCGAACAGUACACGGGCCGGCAAAACCUACGGGGAACAGAACAUUGUGAAGCUGUAAUCUCCCACAGAAACCUUACAUUAAUCUGGCUCAUUUUGAAGAACACAGUAGAAUUGAAUUUUAUAAAAAGGUACCGUUUAAAAAAUUUUCAUCUUAAAAUUGAGUCUGUCUUUAAAAAUAGGCGGAGCAAGAUUUCAAGUUUCGUCCCCGGCCCAGCCCGUUUCGUGUCUGCUAAUACUGUUUUUGUGCAGAAAUUAUUCAAAGAGUGCGCAAGCCUAUUGAAUCAGACGACCAGGACCCAUUGAGGCCGUGGAUAUCAGAAUGUGGAGACGGUGACGAUGGUUUGAAUGACACUCUUUUAUCAUUAAUGGUUACGUGUUGGUCGGAGGAUCCACAUGAAAGGCCGGAAGUGUCGCAUGUUCGCAAAGCCGUUAGAAGUUUGAACAGGUAAGUCGCAUGUAGUGUUGUACGGCAAACAUUUGUGAACAUGCUCGGCUGCGCACAAAAUAUUUGUGUUUCUGUAUUCAUUAAAAAAUGUUUGCAAAAAGCCGCGUUAAAAAUGUUUUUUCUACACAAAUGGUGUGGUUAAAUUCAUUCCAAAGUAAACUAAUUCUAAGGUGGUAAAGUGGUAAGAGACGACAAUAUUAAGGUUCCGAAUGAAAAUUUUUUGACCGAAUUCAUUUCUCACUGAAAAAGUCAUUUUCUCGUUUUCUUCUUGAAUUAUAAUUCGUCCAUUUCUGCAGUGUCUGAUUAUUCUCGUAUUAUCACUUUCAAGGGGAUUUUUCUUUUCAGUCGGACUCUGCGUCGAUCCACGUAGAACAUCGAUACUUUUGGAAUUAGCUUGCUAUCCAUUUAAACUUUGAUUUUUUCUCUGUUGAAUGAGCCCGUAAAUGUCUUCAUCACAAUGAUAUUGCUUGAAAUGAAAACUAGUUCCUGGACCUGUUUUUUCAAACAGUAGUAAAUUAUAGCGAUUUAUAGAGACAACGAGACGUCUAACCUAGUCGACAAUCUCUUGAAAAGGAUGGAGCAGUACGCGAAUAAUCUGGAAGGCCUGGUGGAAGAGCGAACUCAAGAAUAUUUGGCUGAAAAGAAAAAGGUUCGGAAAAGAAAAAGGGUAUGACGAAAAGUCCAGAAAACCGGAUGCUGGAAAAUAGCAAAAGUGUGGCACACGCGUGAGCAGAAGUUAGCUGAUCUGAGAUCAUGGAGCAUAUUUUUCGGUCAAUUUUUUAAAACAAAGCUUAUCGAAUUUCUAGCCAGAUUUUUUGUUUAGUUCUACUUUAAGGUUUCAGAAAACUCCCAGAGACCAAAAUUAUCAACAGUGAGCAUGAAAAUACAAGUUAAUCUCAGUCGAUAUUCAGCGUAUGAAAAAUAGAAGAUUUUUCCGUUUACAGCUGAUUCGCGACCGGUCUAUUACAAGUUCGCGGAUGUGUCUAUAGAGAACUCAGAGCAGGUCCUUGAAUAGGCACAUUAUAAACCGAACUUCACGCAUUAUAGACCUAUCGCGAACGUUCGAUAUCGAGAUUAUGAUUAUAACUCUGGAAACUCGAUUGCAAUCGAAGAGUUUGCAAUCUAAUUGAAGCAAAUUCUAUUUCAAACGAGUUCGUAUUAGAUUGCAAAGUUUUCUAAUUAGAUUGCGAUCGAGUUCCCGGUGAAACUCAAUUCAUCGCUAUUGCCCCUCGGUGUUUGCAGACUCAAGACAAAAUUUCUAAAAUUAGGAAAAUUAGGUUUUCGCGAUGGGCCUAUUACAGGUCCAUCAAAGGCUCAUCGCGAACGGUGCGCCCCACUGCCUACACUGCGUCUAUUGGCGAACUUUUUAUUCGUGAUAGGCAUAUUAUAGGCCUAUCACAGGUCCACGUUUUCAAUGGACCGAUCGCGAAUCACCUGUGUUUUUUUACGUCAAAAAACACAAUUCAGCGAUGUAAAAAAACGGAAAAAAGAAACACGAAACAAACAUACGCCGAAUAAUGGGGCUAUUCAGCGUACUGUUGAAAAAAAAAGGUUCGACAUUCGAAUCGGAGUUGGCAGCGAGCCAAGGACACGCCCCCUAAACAGCGUGCGGCAGUUACAGUCAGAGUUGAGCGGAAAUGGAAUUUUGAAAUCCGGAAGACGGCAGACGGCAGACGGAAGAAAAAAAUCGUCAAUGCAGAACCUUUUUUUCCGGUUUUUAAAAAAAAAUAACUAAAGCAACAAAAAUUUUGGAUCUGGGUCACUGCCUGUGGAAAUUCGCGUUCUUCGGGGCUAGUAAAUGGCUUCUGAAAAGCUAUUACUCUUUUACGGUAAGAAGAAAAAAUUCCGGAAGACGGCAGACAGCAGACGGAAAAAAAAAUUUUUUUACGGAAGACGGAAGAAAACUUUUUUCCCGGAAGACGGCAGACGGAAGACGGAAGAAAACUUUUUUCCCGGAAGACGGCAGACGGAAGACGGAACAAAAAAAUCCACGGAAGACGGAAUUCCGCUCAACUCUGGUUGCAGUGAAAAUUAUUUGGGGGGCGUGUCCUUGGCUCGCUGCCAACUCCGAAUGUCAACAGUAUGUCUGUUUCCCGUUUUUUUUUCGUUUUUUUUACUGAAUUGGAAUUUUUGACGUAAAAAAACGAAAAAAACAUAAAACAAUCAUUUUUUCACAGGCGGAAUAUUCCCAUAACCUAUUCAUCAUCAUUCUUAUUUAAUAAAAAGCUUAUAGGGUCUGUCCGUAACUUUCCCUCUCUCUCUUUCACCGUUUGUCCGUUUCAACGUUUUUCAUUUCUAACGAAAUUAUUGUGACGGAGAAAUUAAGAAAUGAACACGUUAACUUUCGAACGGUUAUAAGAAGGAAACAAGCGGCGAUCGCCGUUCCCUCGGGACCCAGGAUUUAAAAAAGUCUCAGGAGUGAUAAAUUGAUAAUGACGCUAGAUAAUCUUUAUACGGUGCAGUAAAUCUACAGGUAGAAGAUCUUCUUCAUCAGCUGCUUCCACCUUCUGUUGCCGAUCAGUUGAUUUCUGGACAAGCAGUUCAAGCGGAGUCUUAUGACUGUGUCACCAUAUACUUCUCGGACAUUGUGGGUUUCACUUCGCUCUCAUCACAGUCUACACCAAUGCAAGUGGUCACACUACUCAAUGAUUUGUAUCUGGCAUUUGAUGGUGUCGUAGAUAAUUUCAAAGUGUAUAAAGUAGAAACAAUAGGUAAAAGUCAAAUUCAAUAUUCAGUUAAGCUAUCGUUUAGGUGAUGCUUAUAUGGUUGUUUCUGGGCUUCCUGAACGGCGCGAGGACCACGCUAACCAAAUUGCUCAAAUGUCCUUAUCGCUACUUCAUAAAGUAAAAAACUUUGUAAUUCGACAUCGGCCUCAUGAACAGCUCAAACUUCGCAUCGGAAUGCAUUCGGGUAUGGUUUUCUUCUAUUGACCUCAACAAAUUGGUUAGUAACAAAUUUUUGGUAUUCCGGCCCGGCUUGCCGGACGGGUAUUAAUGCUCCCUUUUUUUAAUAGAUUGCAGGACUGGACGAAAGGGGCUGACUGGUCCCGAGAUAUGCAUAUACGGUGAACAUUUGUGAACAUGCUCGGGUCCGUUUUUAUCGCUGCGUAUCAGUGUGUUUUCUCGAGAAGUUCUUGAAAAAUGCUAUUUUUAGAACACACACUGCUGCGUAUUGCAAAACGUAUCCCUUUUGAGUCGCUACGCAGCGACAAAACACGGGCGGCAAGUUCAAACCAUGUUCGCAAAUGUUCGCCGUGUGAUUUCUAUGGAGCGCGUCUGCUGACGUAGUCUUUGGACCGUCGUGCGCAGCAGGGUACGUCGAAAAUCAAAAUUUGAGUUCGCGCCAAUUUGACUGUCCCACGGCGAAAUUCGUUGACUCAGGUAAAUCGUUUGUAAUCUAGCUAGCUAAUUCGCGUUUCUAACCGGACCUAAUUAGAUUGCUAACUUACUGCGAUUAGAUUGCAAAUUCUUUUAACUGGACUGAUAAAUUUCCUAAUUAGAUUGGCGAAGCUAAUUAGAUUGCAAAAACACUGAUAUUAGUUUCAAAACUUAUCUAAUUAGAUUAAAAUUUCGGGCAGAACUUAGCUAUUAUAGCAUUGCAAUCUCUCCCAAUAUUAGACGACGUUAAUCGGACUAUUAUAGGGGCACCGGACAGAAAGGGCGCGCUGUUCGCAAUCUGGCCGAAUUUCUAGGCCGCGAAGUAAUUUACCACUGAAAACGUGGCCUAAAUUUUCAAACUCGGCCCCGAGGUCGCAAAAUUUGCACUGCAAAAAGUUUCUCAGCAGAGCGCCAUUUCUGUGCGGUGCCCCUAUAAUAAUAGAUUAUUUUUAGAUUGCAAAAUCAGCUAGCUAGAUUUAGAAAUCGGUAGCAAUCUAACUAGGUCCGGUUAGAAACGAGAAUUAGCUAGUUAGAUUAUGGGGGUUAUUCAGGCUGUGAAAAAAAUGAUUUUUUUUCCGUUUUUUUUUCGUUUUUUUUACGUCAAAAAACCCAAUCAGCGGUGUAAAAAAACGAAAAAAAACGGAAAACAAACAUACGCUGAAUAGCCCCAUUAGAAACGAUUUGCCUGAGGAAUAGCGACUCAAUAGUGUUGUGUUGAUACGGACUCCGUAUUAUGGGGUUAUUCAGGCUGUGAAAAAAUGAUUGUUUUCCGUUUUUUUCGUUUUUUUACGUCAAAAAAUCCAAUUCAGCGAUGUAAAAAAAAAACGGAAAACAAACAUACACUGAAUAGCCCCAUUACGGAGGUCACGUUUGACCAAAAAAGAACGCGCGAAUUAAUGCAAUCAACACUGAGUUGGCCCGAUGCCAGCAGACAUUUUUAACGUGUACGCUCGUAAGUAGGCUGGUCGAACAGGCGAUUAUUGGCGCCUGCGCCUGUUUUUCAAGCGCCUGUUCGACCAGCCUACCCGUAAGAUUGACAGCCCCAAAAGUAUUCGAUAGAGCAAUUGCAACAAGGUACCCUUCUUCGCCCCCGUUACUGCACGACACCUUUAAAUAAAAACUUUGAAAAGUUGACGUUUUACAGGCUCUGUUGUAUCAGGUGUAGUUGGUUCCAAGAUGCCGAGAUAUUGCCUAUUUGGUGAUACCGUAAACACGUCUAGCAGGAUGGAAAGUAAUGGACUACGUGAGUGUUUGCCGUUUGUUUCCAGAAAAUUCGAUUCAACACGGCCAAAAUUUUUGAGCAUGGUUUCAUUUUGCCUAUGUGUAGCAACACCAUGAGCUCGCUUGAGGAAUACGGUUUUUCAUACGGAGCGAUACAAACGUUGUCGGCUAUGUUCACAAAUGUUCGCCUUGCUCAGUUGAAGUUAACGGCUUACAGAGACAGUUACAUUACCAUUUUUAACACACCUAAUUUACGCCUAAUAAAAAUUGUCGCGCCUAUUUACUCAUAUCAGGCAUUGUGCGAUACUAUGUGUUUCAGCUCUGAAAAUUCAUGUGUCCCAACAAACACAUGAUAUUUUGAUGAUGGAAGCUGGAUUCAAAUUGGAACUGCGGGGCUCAGUGGAAAUGAAAGGAAAAGGAAUGCAAACGACAUACUGGCUACGUGGUUACAAAGAUGUGGAAAUUCCUGAUUUCGGGGAGGAAUUUGCUUAA